AUGUCCGGAGAAUUCCGCCUUUGGGGCGGAGACGCAGAGUUCAACUCGCGCAACAAGAGCGUGUUCGACCAGCUAAGUUCGCUGUCCCCGCGGUCGGCAGCGGCGGCGCCAGCCGUGUCGCUGAGCGACCUGUCGAGGGCGUCGCCGCGGCGCCGCUCGAAGGAGAAGGAGACAACGCGACAGCUGCGCGGCCAGGAGAGUCUGUUCAAGCGUCCGGAGCUUCCGCCGCCGCGGCACCAACCGCGACAGCCGCCGGAUCACCACAAGAAUCCGCACAGGUGGACGCACUACACCCUCGGCGACGUCAGUCGCGACGACAUGUCCGACCGGACAAACACCAGCACUGCCCUCUCUUUCCUCGACGAGCUGCGCAAGCGGCGUGAACGCGACGGAGAGGACAUGGAGGUGGACGGCCAGCCGCCGCAGCCUGUCCUGUUUAAAAAGCCCGUUAGGAGUGCUAGGGACAGGAAGAAGAGUCCAGAGCCUAGUAAGAGUGGAGAAGGGCCCGUCUUCCAAGGCACCAAAAGGGUCAUGCCCGAAUAUGUUGUCGGACAGAAGAGAAGGGGUGUGGGCCGUGAGGCGAAGGAAUCGCGGAAAGGAGACAAACCAAUGCACUCGGACAGUAAAAAACUUAAACUGCUCCACUUGUUGAAAGAUGACGAUGAUGAUGAUCAGGACAAUGCAACUGUUGAUAGUGACUAAGUAAAGUUUAGUAAUUACUACUAUUGUAAGAUAAUUAAAAAUAAUGUAUAAAAAAGA